UUUGCACAAACCCAUCCGCAACUCGAAAGCAAUACCAACUUCAUCAUGCGUGAAAUCGUCCAUCUCCAGACCGGUCAAUGCGGUAACCAAAUCGGUGCUGCUUUCUGGCAAACAAUCUCUGGCGAGCAUGGCCUUGAUGGCUCCGGUGUCUACAAUGGCACAUCUGAUCUCCAAUUGGAGCGCAUGAACGUGUACUUCAACGAGGCUUCUGGCAACAAGUAUGUUCCUCGUGCCGUCCUCGUCGAUUUGGAGCCAGGUACCAUGGACGCCGUCCGUGCUGGUCCUUUCGGUCAACUAUUCCGACCUGACAACUUUGUCUUCGGCCAAUCUGGAGCUGGAAACAACUGGGCGAAGGGACAUUAUACCGAGGGUGCUGAGCUUGUCGACCAAGUCUUGGAUGUUGUUCGUCGUGAGGCCGAGGGCUGCGACUGCCUUCAAGGUUUCCAAAUCACCCAUUCCCUCGGUGGUGGAACUGGUGCCGGUAUGGGUACGCUUUUGAUCUCCAAGAUCCGUGAGGAGUUCCCAGAUCGUAUGAUGGCCACCUUCUCUGUUGUCCCAUCCCCCAAGGUAUCCGAUACCGUCGUCGAGCCUUACAACGCUACCCUCUCUGUCCAUCAAUUGGUCGAGAACUCUGAUGAGACCUUCUGUAUUGAUAACGAGGCUCUCUACGAUAUCUGCAUGAGAACCCUCAAGCUCUCCAACCCAUCCUACGGAGAUCUCAACCACUUGGUGUCUGCCGUCAUGUCUGGUGUCACCACCUGCCUUCGCUUCCCUGGUCAACUUAACUCUGAUCUUCGCAAGUUGGCCGUCAACAUGGUUCCCUUCCCUCGUCUCCAUUUCUUCAUGGUUGGAUUCGCUCCUCUCACCAGCCGUGGUGCUCACUCUUUCCGUGCCGUCACCGUUCCCGAGUUGACCCAACAAAUGUACGACCCGAAGAACAUGAUGGCUGCUUCUGAUUUCCGCAACGGUCGCUACUUGACUUGCUCUGCUAUCUUCCGUGGUAAGGUCUCCAUGAAGGAAGUCGAAGAUCAAAUGCGCAAUGUUCAGAACAAGAACUCUUCCUACUUCGUUGAGUGGAUUCCCAACAACGUCCAAACCGCACUCUGCUCUAUCCCACCGCGUGGUCUCAAGAUGUCAUCCACCUUCGUCGGUAACUCAACCUCCAUCCAAGAGCUCUUCAAGCGUGUCGGUGAUCAAUUCACUGCCAUGUUCCGACGAAAGGCUUUCUUGCAUUGGUAUACUGGUGAGGGUAUGGACGAGAUGGAGUUCACUGAGGCUGAGUCCAACAUGAACGAUUUGGUUUCCGAGUACCAGCAAUACCAGGAUGCCUCUAUCUCUGAGGGCGAGGAGGAAUACGAGGAAGAGGCACCAUUGGAGCCAGAGGAGUAAAUUACUUCUACAUUGCUACACUGAUUGGACAGCAUGGUCUUCUGAUCAUGUUGCAUAUAUUGUUGGCAAGGUUGGUGAUGUUCUGGCGGGCUUUGUUUUUUCAUUUGUCUAAUUGAUAGCGACGGUGCUUUCAGAGAGAUUGAGUGGAGGAAAUACCUCAUGGAAGAAGUGGUUAGUAACAGUGAUGGAGUACAAAUCAAGACUAUUAACUGUCCACAAUUGCGUGCAGC